UCGCCCGAUCCGAAUGAAUAGGAUCGGAACGAAAACAAAACGAAGCAGAGACGAGCCAAAAAGUCUCCCUCGUUCGUUUAUCCACGACGCACACUCUUCAUUCUCAACUACUUUCCUCGUUGAGCGAUGCCUUCAAACUCCGGCCAAAGCUUCUGAAUUCCUCUCUCUCUCUCUCUCUCUCUCUCUAUAUAUAUAUAUAUAUAUAUACACACACGAAUAUUAUUGAUCCAAUCGACCUGUGUUGUGUUGGAGUAUAGUAAUGGAUCCGAACCCCAAGAGCUUCCCGAUUCUCUCAUAUGUGAUGUCAAAACUCCCCAGUAUGAGUCCCAGACACGCCGCUGAUAUGGACUUCGACAUCGAGCAACCACGGCCACCGUCCUCGUCCGAUGCGUCGACUUCCAAGGAACCAUCAUUUGACUUGGAGGACCGUAUGCCCCAGCUAACCGACCCCAAAAUCAUCGCUUCCAUGCGAUCUGCGGUCUCCGAUGUCGCCCAAGCCCGAUCUAUCCUCAAAACCCUUGGCGACCGACCGGACCACGAGGCUGUCGACACCGCCAAGGCCAAGCUCUUCGAGAUCGAGUCCCAACUCUCGAAACAGCACGAAGAGAUCGUGUUUUCGCCCGAGCUCCGGGACUCGGCUGAGAAGGAUAGACAGGUUUACAAGGCGGUGAUUUCGUUGGAUGAAAUGCACGAGGCUUACGAGAAGCUGGUGAAGGAUGCGGAGGCUAGGUUGGUGAAGAUUUAUGAGGCGGCUGUUGCCGGCCGUGAUGUAGAGGAGUAUGAUGGUGAUGGUUCAAGGGAGGUGGUGGAGGAGGUGAAUGAGGAGGUGGUUGGGAUUUUGCAAGAAGCAUCAUCCGGGAAGGGGAUUGAGAGGAUUGAUCUUUCAGGGCGUCUGUUACGUCUGCUUCCAGAGGCCUUCGGUAGCCUUCGUGGGUUAGUUGUGCUUAUUCUGUCCUCCAAUCAACUUCAGGUGAUUCCUGAUUCUAUUGGUGGUCUAGAAAAUCUUGAGGAGCUUCAUCUUGCUUCCAACCUUCUGGAGUCUUUGCCUGACUCUAUUGGAUUGUUGCUUAAUUUGAAGAUUCUAGAUGUUUCUGGAAACAAGCUUGUUGCUUUGCCUGACAGCAUUUGUCAAUGCAGGUCAUUGGUGGAGUUGGAUGCAAGCUUCAAUAGGCUUGCUUACUUGCCAACAAACAUCGGGUAUGAACUUGUGAACCUAAAGAGUCUUUUAAUCCAUCUGAACAAGAUCCGUUCUCUUCCCAGUUCUAUAGGCGAGAUGAAGUCAUUGCGCAUCAUGGAUGUGCACUUCAAUGAGCUCCGUGGCCUGCCACGUGCAAUUGGGAGAUUGACGAACCUUGAGACCCUCAAUCUGAGCAGCAAUUUCAGUGACCUGACAGAACUUCCUGACACAUUUGGUGAUUUAACCAAUUUGAAAGAACUUGACCUCAGCAACAACCAGAUCCAUGCUCUUCCUGAUACAUUUGGCCGGCUUGACAAUCUGACCAAGCUCAACUUGGAAGCAAAUCCUCUUGUAAUUCCACCCAAGGAGGUUGUCAGUGGAGGGGCCGAAGCUAUCAAGGAUUUUAUGUCUAAGAGGUGGCUUGACAUAUUGGUGGAGGAAAUGUCCACGAGCAUGCUUGAAGUAGAAGAGCAGACUGAAACUGGUUGGCUAAGUCGCAGCACUUCCUGGUUGAAUAAUUUUGUUUCAGACGUUUCAGGACAUAUGAAAUCUCCUGUGGACCCUUAUCUCAAUCAGCAGCUAUGAUCUCAUUUCCCACUCAGCGGUAGUUUUUGAGCACCCCCUUUCUUCUGAUGGCAUGUGCAAUCUGAUCUGAUGAAGAUAUUGUAGAAAUGGGUCUUCACUGCAGGUAUUUUGCAUUCUCCAGUUCAUAUUUAAGAGGUGACGAUCAAACAAUUUCUUUUCAGUGUUCUAGCCAGAAUCCUUGGAAAUGUUCACAAGUUUGGCAGAAAAAUGAAUAGAUUGGUUGCUUUUUAUGUAUUCAUUUGAAACAGCAUAGCAAAUGCUUGUAGUUGCACCAAGGUUUCCUAUUGCCAGUAUUGCAGUUUCGUUUAUAAUUUUAUUGUAGGGAAUUUUGCCAUA